CUUGAAGAGAAGAGAAUAAGCAAAGCCUGAAGAAUUCAUUUUUGUGCGACAAGUGACCUUCACCUCACCACUGGGCUUGUGGAAGGGCUGCUGGCUAUAUCCUGAAUUAUUGGACGGUCGUCAGUGCCCAGUUGAAACUGGUGGUCCUCCUGCGAGUGUUCAGUACAUCUCUGCGCAGGUGAUUGCAAAAGGCAUUGUAUUUCAUCGACGACGACAACAUGAGCACCGAUUUCUACGGCGAUAUCUUGGCGGCCUCUGGAUCCUACAAAUUCCUGUUGAAUGGUAAAUGGCUCGAGUCGAGUUCUGGGAAGACAGUGCCCAUUCUGAACCCCGCGACCAACCAGACUGCCUACACCGUCCAAGCUUGCACACGGGAGGAAGUCGAUGCCGUCUUCGAGGGCGCCAAGAAGGCUCAAAAGGCAUGGGCUCGCACGCCCCUUUGGAAGCGGGCAGAGUACCUGCACAAGGUUGAUGGCCUGAUGAAGGCCAAUGCACAGCCGAUGGCCGACGCACUUGUGAAGGAGGUUGCCAAGGGCGCGAAGGACAGCCUGACAGAGGUCAUCCGCAGCGGUGACCUCAUUUCUUACACUGCUGAGGAGGGCGUGCGCUGGCUGGGAGAGGGCCAGAUGCUCAUGAGCGACUCCUUCCCAGGCCAGGACCGCUCCAAGAUCUGCCUCGCCUCCAAGGUACCCCUCGGCGUCGUGCUUGCCGUGCCUCCCUUCAACUACCCGGUGAACCUGGCUGUGUCCAAGAUCGCGCCCGCGCUGAUGGCCGGCAACACUGUCGUCUUGAAGCCACCCACGCAGGGUGCCGUGGCAGCCACCCACAUGGUGCAGGCCUUCCAUAAGGCUGGCUUGCCUCCGGGUGUCCUCAACCUGGUCACUGGCAAGGGCAGUGAGAUUGGGGACUACCUGACCACUCACCCUCUGGUCAACUGCAUCAGCUUCACUGGAGGCGACACCGGCAUUGCCAUCUGCAAGAAGGCGGCUAUGGUGCCAAUCCAGAUGGAGCUGGGAGGCAAGGACGUGUGCAUUGUGUGCGAGGACGCUGACCUGGACCUGGCUGCCAAGAACAUCGUGAAGGGGGGCUUCAGCUACAGCGGCCAGCGCUGCACGGCCGUCAAGCUGGUCCUGGCGCUGGAGAGCAUCGCCGACGAAUUGGUGGCCAAGGUCAAGAAGGGCGUCGACGCCCUCUCUGUUGGCGCCCCCGAGGACAAUGCUGCGAUCACGCCGGUGAUCAGCAAGAGCAGCGCAGACUUCAUCGAGGGCCUGGUGAAGGACGCGGAGGCCAAGGGCGCCAAACUGCUGCAGCCCUACAAGCGCGAAGGCAACCUCAUCUGGCCCCUCCUCAUCGACCAUGUCACCCCUGACAUGCGGCUGGCGUGGGAGGAGCCCUUUGGGCCGGUGGUGCCCGUCGUGCGGGUGAAGUCUGUUGAGGAGGCGAUCGACCACUGCAAUGCCAACAAUUUGGCGCUGCAGGGCUGUGUAUUCACCCGAGAUGUGGAUGCAGCCAUCCGGAUUUCUGAUGCCAUGGAGACCGGGACUGUGCAGGUCAACAGCGCGCCGGCUCGCGGUCCCGAUCACUACCCAUUCCAGGGCUUCCGCGACAGCGGCAUCGGCAGUCAGGGCAUCAAGAACUCCCUGGCCAUGAUGGUCAAGAUCAAGAGCACCGUCCUCAACCUCCCGCAGCCUUCCUACACCAUGGGAUGAAGCGGACGUGUCCGCACCGCAAGCAGCGCAAGCGCGACUCAGGGUCUAGGGCCGACGCUGCAUGGGAUAUGUAUUAUUUCUGUGUGGAGUUCAUUCUAGCAUUAAAUGGCCACCUAUAUCUGGCUAUAUCUGGUGUGGGCAGGGCACAAACUUGCCCCUCCUCGGAUUCUUUGCAAUAUCACUCGUCGAUAUGUGUCUUGAAAGAGGGCCACACUUUGUGUGCGCCAGUCGGCUGUGUGUGUACCUCCAAUCCCUGUUUCGCGCACCCGAUGUAACGCGCACACAUGACAUUGUUGUGCAAUCUAUAAUUCAAGUGUGAUACGUCAUACAUGAUGCGAGGGUUGCUUAUACAUAUAUGGUGAUGGUACAAUUGAUGCAAGGCUCUCUGCUGAAGCGGUAUUGCCUCUCUCCAGACGCGGUGAUCGUAAUCAGAAUUAAGUCUACUGGCCUACUUGUGACCAACAAGAGCUGUAAAUUUCAAUUCGCCGAUU